CAUAUCUAAUCACCGGGAAGUUCACUCAGCCUUGCUAGAGAAACUUAAAAUCUCUUAUUGUUUCUCCUAUUCUCUAAGUCUGCAACACUCUCUGGUACACAUCGCUUAACAAGCUAAUAAGUUACCAAUUUCUUCCAUGGCCACCCAAGCAACUUCCUCCUCCCCCUCUUCAACUUCUUCAUCAUCUUCUUCUUUUUCUUCUUGCCCUCGAUGGAAAUACCAUGUGUUCCUUAGUUUUUGCGGUGUUGACACCCGAAAGAAUUUCACAGAUCAUCUUUAUACUGCUUUGAAACAAAAGGGUAUUAUCACUUUCCGAGAUGAUGAAAAACUUGAGCGAGGAAAGUAUAUUUCUCAAGAGCUCUUAAAAGCAAUAGAAGAGUCCAAGUAUGCAAUCAUUGUUCUCUCAACAAACUAUGCUUCUUCAAGGUGGUGCUUAAUUGAACUAGCAAAAAUUGUUAAAUGCAAGGAGACCGGAGUGACAGUUUUGCCUGUCUUUUAUCAUGUGGAUCCCUCUGAUGUAAGGAACCAGAAUGGCAUUCUUGCUGAAGCAUUUGCUAAACAUGAGCAAGAUACCAGGAUUAACACAGAAGAUGUGCAAGCAUGGAAAGCUGCUUUGAAAGAUGUGGGUGAUAUAUCUGGAUGGCAUUUGCAUGAUAGGCAUGAAUCAAUAAUUAUACAAAAAAUCAUUGGAAGGAUAUUUAGUGAGCUGUUUCACAAACUCCCAUGUGUUUCCGAGGACCUUGUUGGAAUGGACUCCUGUGUGGAGGAAAUGUUGGAUUCAUACAUAGGUGAAGGGUUGGGUGGUGUUCGCUUUGUUGGGAUAUGCGGGAUGGGUGGAAUGGGCAAAACAACCCUUGCACAUGAAAUUUAUAGAAGAAUUUCUGGUAACUUUGAAGGUAGAAGCUUUAUUGCUAAUAUUAGAGAAGAAACUAAAAAUCAAGGUCUAGUUUCUUUACAAAAACAACUUCUUUCUCAGAUCCUCAUGGAAAGUGAAAUAAAUAUAUGGGAUGUUUGGGAGGGAAUCAAUGUUAUAAGGAAUACACUAUGUAAUAAAAAUGUUUUUAUUAUUCUUGAUGAUGUGGAUGGAGAUGAACAACUAAAAGCAUUGGCAAGGAAGCAUGAUUGGUUUGGUCCUGGAAGUAGAAUCAUUGUCACAAGCAGAGAUAGCCAUUUAUUGAUAAGAUGCGGUGUGGAUAAUGUAUAUAACAUUACGGGGUUGAAUGAUGAUGAAGCUUUGGAGCUUUUUAGUUGGAGUGCUUUUAAGAAACCCCAUCCUGAAGAAAAUUAUGUGGAUUUGUCUAAGGACUUUGUGAAUUAUGCUAAAGGCCUUCCUUUAGCUCUUAAAGUUUUAGGUUCUUCGUUGUUUUCUAAAAGAACGAAUGAAUGGAAAAGUGCCCUUUAUAAACUAAAAAAAGAACCUAAUAGAAACAUUUUGGAUAUACUUCAAAUAAGUUUUGAUGGGCUUACAAAUUCGGAGAAAGGAUUGUUUCUAGAUAUUGCAUGUUUUUUCAAAGGAGAGAACAAAGAUUGCAUAAGAGAUAUAUUGGAAAGUUUUUAUUAUUCUCUAGACUACGAUGUUGGUGUUCUUAUGGACAAAUCUCUCAUAACCAUUUAUUACAAUGGAACUUUGUGGAUGCAUGAUUUGCUACAAGCUAUGGGUCAAGAAAUCGUUCGUCGUGAAUCUCCUAAAGAACCUGGUGGACGUAGUAGGUUGUGGAUUUAUGAUGAUGUCAUUCAUGUAUUGAAAAAUAAUUCUGGAACAGAGGCAGUUGAAGGCAUAAUGGUAAACAUACCUAUUCAAAAAGUGGAACACUUGAGUGCUGAAGCCUUCUCAAAGAUGAAAAAUUUGAGAUUGCUUAAAAUUAGUAGUGAGAAACUUCCAGAAGACUUCAUAAAUGGUACUAUGCAACUUCCAAAAGACCUCAUUAGAGGUAAGGUGCAACUUCCACAAGGCCUCAGUUAUCUUUCUAAUGAGUUACGUCUUCUCGAAUGGCAUGGAUAUCAUUUAAAAUGUUUACCAACCAAUUUCCAACUAAACAAACUUGUUGAAUUGAGAAUGCAUUGUAGUAGCAUCAAACAACUAUGGAAUGGAAACAUGAAUUUAGGCGAGUUAAGACUCAUUGACCUAAGUGACUCUCAAAACUUGAUUGAGAUGCCAGACCUUAGUGGAGCCCCGAAGCUUAAGCAAUUGAUUUUUCGACAUUGUACAAGACUAUAUAAGAUUCAUGCAUCUAUAGAAGAUCUCAAACAACUUAUUGGAUUAGAUUUGAAUGGUUGCAAAUGUCUUGGAAGCCUUCCUCACAAGAUCAGCUUGGAAGCACUUGAAAUUUUGGAUCUUGGUGGUUGUUCAAGACUGAAGAAGUUUCCAGAAAUUGUAGGAAAUAUGUCACGUUUGUCGAAACUUUGUUUGAGUGGGACAGCUAUAAAAGAUCUACCAUUAUCAGUGGAGCAUUUAACUGGCCUUAUUGAAUUGGAUUUAAGAGACUGUAAAAACCUUUCAAGUCUUUCGAAUGCAUGUUGUUGUUUGAUGUCUCUAAAAAUUCUCACUUUAUCUGGCUGCUCAAAACUUGAUGAAUUACCAGAGAAUUUGGGUAAUAUCGAAGGCCUAGAAAAGCUAGAUGUGAGUGGAACUGCUAUAACAAGGCUACCUUUAUCUGUUGUUCACUUAAAAAAUCUCAAACUACUAUCUCUCCGUGGAUGUGUGGGGUUAUCAUCUAAAUCAUUCAAUAAGCUCCUGAAUUUUCCUUUAAUGCAACGAAAAAGAAGUCCUGAUCCCAUGAGCAUGUUAGAGUGUUCUUUACAAGGCUUAUGGUCUUUGACGGAACUGGAUUUAAGUUAUUGCAAUAUUCAAAUGAUUCCUGAUGUUCUGGGGUCCUUGUCAUCUUUAAGAGAAUUAAAUCUAAAAGGAAAUAAUUUUGUUUGCCUUCCUGGAAGUAUCAUUCAACUAUCUAAUUUGGCAAACCUUUAUUUGGGUGGUUGCACUCAACUUCAAAUGUUGCCUAAGCUUCCAUUAAAUAUGUAUUUUAUCGAUGCAACAGGAUGUACCUCACUGGAAACAUUAUCAUUAAGUCCAGAUGAUGGUUUUUGGGGGAAUAUAAAUCUUGUCAAUUGCGUCAAAUUGAUUUAUAAUCAAGGCAAAGGUGACCUGUUGUCAGCAAUUCUAACAAAUUAUAUCAUUGAGAGAUGCUGUAACCAGAAAUGGUACACAUGUUUCUCAAUUCCUGGAAGUGAAAUUCCGAAUUGGUUUAGGCACCAAAAUGUGGGGGCUUCAGUGAAUCUGCAAGUGCCUUCACAUUUAUUAUUCAGUAGCAAACUGGGAAUCGCAGUGUGCGCUGUUUAUAUAUUCCACCAGCAUCAUCCACUUCACCAACUUCAUAUUCAACAUUAUAGAGGAACGAUAUAUACACAUGAGCUUCGGUGUUUUGUUGUUGAAGCCAACGGAGAUCGAUAUAACCCAGUGUGGCUUCCUUUAUCGGAGGAAUUUGGUAAGAUUGAAUCGUAUCAUCUUUGGCUCGAAUGUUUUCCCUUUAGAACACACUUCGGAAGCCACUGCGAAGAAGAAUUGGAUGCUAAUGAAUUCACCCAAAUUGAGCUUACAUUUGAAGCCUACGGUCCAGACUUGGAGGUUACGAAAUGCGGAGCCCGUUUGAUAUUCGAGCAAGACUUGGAAGAUCUCAAUCAAACUAAGCCUGGGUCUAGCAGCUGCAUUAUCACUCCUUAUUAUGAGGAUGAUGAUUUAGGCGAUUCAAAGAAAGAUUCCAAAAUUAAGGAAAGCCGUGAUGAUGAACCACCACACCCAAAGUGGACAGAGCACCCUAAUCUAAUUGAAAACUGGAUUGGGAAUUCAUGCAUACAAGGACAAGCUGAUUCUGAUUGUGUGUGAGGAAAGAGGAAUCCCAGUGAAAGUGGGACCUUUUUCUCUCUUUGAUUUUUUUAAACCGAUAGCAGAUGAAGAGGCUACACAAUGAUCGUACUACCACCAGAGCACUGGGUUUGGUGCUUACUACAACGACCACUACACUGUCUUUGAGUGUCUGUGGGGUUGAUGCUGACGAUGAUGGAGUGGAACUGGGUUUGGUGCAAUUUCUGUUUGGCUACAAGGAAACUUGAGGUUAAUUAAAGUGAAAAGGGUACCAGUUGGAGCUAUGCCAGAAAGCUUUGGAGGAGAAUAUUUUUGUUUAUUUGGGGAUAGGUUGUGGUACAACCACAUUGUUGUACUGCUUAUACAUGAGCUGGGUCACUUGAUAAGGAAGCCCCAUAAGGGCAUAUGUGUCAUCCUCGCCCCUACGGUGGCUCUAGUUCAGCAGAAAUGGUGGUUGGUUUUGCUUCUGCUGAUGACUGUGCUGUUAAGCCUUUGACAAGUUCAGCUGCUAAGUGGGGAAAGAGGCUUUUCAUAGGAUGUAUUCCGAUUGAAGCUACUGUUGAUAAUGUGCAGUUGUAUUUCAGUCAGUUUGGCUAUGUUUUGGAUGUGUAUCUUGCCAAGGAUGAAAGAAAAAUGUGUCAUAGGGGGUCCGGUUUUGUGACAUUGUCUGAUGAAAUUUCAGCUGAGUACACUUCUCAAAAAAUACAUAGGAUACUUGGGCAGACAUGUCAGUAGAUAUUAUCAUGAUAUAUGAUAGACGGGUGCUUGGGUCCAAUAGGCACUCAUGGGGGUAGCCGAUUAUCAAGGGAAAGAGCCUCAGAAGUUUCUUGUGCAGAGUGGUUUGGUAUGCUAAUGUCUAUGACAUAUGGUCUCAAAGAAACUCAAGAAUCCAUGGAGACGUCAAAACAGAGGAAAUCAAAGUGAAGAGAGUGGGAAAGGAUGUCAAGUUUAGAAUGAUGUUCAAAGGAAAUCAUAGUGAAGAGAGUUAUCUUUUAUAUCUGGAGCGUACCACAUUCCAUCAUUCAUGGCUUCUGCUUAAAAGUUUUGCUAGUAGCUGGGUUUGUUAUUGGUUUUAUUUUUUUUAAAAGAAGAUGUUGGGUAAGAAUAACACCAAUCUGAUGCUGUAAUUUAGUCCGAAGACUCAUAUCUCUAUGUAAAACUAGGUUGGGAUGAUGUAAUACUGUUUUCAAAUGGAGAUGAUUUUUUAAUGUAUUGGUCAGGGCAGGUGCCUUUGUUGUAGACUUGUAGUGGACUAACUGAAGUCUCAGUGUUCGAAGUGUUUCUGUUUGUAGCAGUAAAAAAUUAUGAGUUAUCCAAAAAAGAUAGAAGAACGCUUAAUUCCA